CGCUCUCUCGCUCUUGUUAUUCUUGUGUCUUUGUUUGUACCAACACGGUAUUCGAGAAAUAACAAUAAAUAUUCAUUUGAGGAUGGCACGGUGCUUCGUUAUACCAAAAGGAUGUGUGAAACAUACAUAUGUACAUAAGAACUAACUGUUCGUUUCGCACAGCCAUGUUUUCUACACUAGUACGAUAGUUCAUAAUUGUACUCAAUUUUAAGUGUCUUUACUACUAUUCAUUUGCUGUUGUGGAAAUAUAUGUGUAGAUGUUUCACAAGUGUGAACAGGCCUUUAACAUUGUGUUUGACAAUCUAGUCAAACUUAUUAUCAAGCUUAUUAGAGCUGUUUUACAAACAAACGACAUAUGACUUUCUUGAAAUCGUGAACUGCAAACAUUUGUUUGAGCUAGUAACAGGGUGGGCUGUGUAGAGCUCUUAAUGUUUAUGUGUAAAUAUUAUAACAAAAAUAGGAGCAUUCAAGAAAUCAACCCUCACUCGUACAGUCUAUGCGACGUAAAUCAAGAACUUAUACCAACAUCUGAAAUUACCCAAUCAAUUAAUGGAGCAAAACUCAACUGCGGCUGGCAACGCCAACCCUGGUACAGUUCCUGCCAAAAGGGGUACGCAACAAGGUCGCAAGAAGUCUGGACCCAAGUUCGAACUGUCUGAGGCCCAGAAAUGCGACAUUAAGGAGGCCUUUGAUCUAUUUGACAACGAAGGCACGGGCUACAUUGAGGUAAAAGAACUUAAGGUGGCCAUUAGGGCUCUGGGAUUCGAGCCCAAAAAGGAGGAGAUUAAGAGGAUGAUUUCCGACAUUGACAAGGACUGCAGUGGACGCAUUGCGUUCAACGUCUUUCUGCAACUGAUGACUAUAAAGAUGGCCGAAAAGGACACUAAGGAAGAGAUACUUAAGGCUUUUCGGCUUUUUGAUGAUGACGACACUGGAAAAAUUUCAUUCAGAAAUCUAAAGAGGGUAGCUCGCGAACUUGGUGAAACACUGACUGACGAGGAACUACGAGAGAUGAUAGACGAAGCCGAUUUGGACAAUGAUGGCGAGGUAAAUCAAGAAGAAUUUCUGCGAAUCAUGAAGAAGACCAGUUUGUAUUAAAGAGCAGCGCUUAAGCUUCAUUUUUAAACACUUUGUGCGUUCCUCUGGUGCACUUGAAAAAUAAUUUGGCGUUUUAAGUCAUCAAUUAUAAAUGUACGUUUUGGAUAUUUUUAAGUUUUACGUAUGAGUAUAACAUCAAGAAAAAAAUUGUUCAGCUCGUUUUGAAUAUUAAACAAAAAUACUUCUUCCCGAGGUGUGAUAAAAGGGCGUAGCAACAUCAAUUGCAAACAUUUCUAAUAUCAAAUUUCAUUAUGAUAAAUAGUAAAAUUUAAGACAAAAUAUAAAAGAACUAAUUAUUGGUAUUCGUUAUUUGAAUUUGGUCACAACGCUAGUUUUUACUGCUUAUUGCUUAAAUUUAAACAAGGUAAAUAAUUCAUACAUUUUUGAGAUAAGAAGGUACAAUAUCACAUCAUUCAAAAAUAAAUUGCAAUGUUUAUAUCAGAAGUGUAACAAAUGAAA